AUGACGGAAAGCUUGGCUUUGGUGGACAUUCACCAAGUGAGAUGGACGCACAAUGCGAUCUAUGACCAUUUCAAAGAUGGUCGGAGCAUCUUCGAAACCGUGGUCGAACUCCUGACAGGCAAUUUGAAGCUCUCAGCUUUGCCUCCACUUCAGCUGGUGAAGAAAGGCAAACAACUCUACUCCCUCUCGAAUCGCCGCCUUUUCGUGCUGCGGAAGUAUGCCCACAUCUUGAAAAAAUUUGGUCAUUUGCAUGAGAAGAGCCCUGUGUCAGUUCCUAUCGCCUUCACUGACGCCCACCAUGGAGAUGCUUUCACCACCGGCACUGGUGGUCUGCAGGUGCAGCUCUUGCGCCCCUUGCAGAAACCCACCUUUCAGCCGCGACAGUGGGGCCCCACCUGCGCCCCCUCGGCACGGAGCCUCUCGCGUGACGCGCGCAGCCACUCGCGUGGACGCUCGCUGUCGGUGGGCCGCUGGGCGGAGGCGACGGAGGCUGGGCGUGGUGCAGCGACCGGACGGCGCGCGUCCUUUGGGCGGGUGGAGUACCGCUUUGUGUUGGAGGACAUCGAGGAGAUUCCGCCAGCGGGGAUGGCGGCGGUCGCACCGUCUUCGGGGAGGCCUAGGAGCCCAAGUCCCAAAGCCAAAGCAGCAGCGACAGAGGUGAAGCCGAAAGCAGUGGCGAAAGAGGUGAAGCCGAAAGCAGUGGCGAAAGAGGUGAAGCCGAAAGCAGUGGCGAAAGACAUGAAGCCGAAAGUAGCAAAAGAUGUGGAAGAUCAUAUGCCAGAUGCUUUGAAAGACAUAGGCCCAUGCGUGAGUGAAGCACAAGGGUUUCCGGUCCUUCCUCAGAGCAAGAGAAGCAAGAAAGAGCUGGAGGUGGCAGAUUUGGUGCUCAAAUGUCUCCGCUGUCAGAAGGAGAUCCCCAAAGCUCGUCAGAUACAGGUGCCGGAGAAUCUCAAAAAGCACCUCUUCUCCAGGCUGGUGCCUUCUGGAGAGGAGCAGGAAGUUACUGCUUGGAUCGAUGGGCGUGGGCCGUCGAUUGGCCCUCACACUCAGGUUGAGAAGCUCUUAAAAGAUCUUCAACGCUACGUUGCCCGCCUGGAGACACAGGUGGAAGACUCGCAACGCGUGGGCACCAUCGCAGCGUGGGAGGAGAGAACCUUCACUUCCCACGCCUUGGGCGGUUCCAGCCACGUCCAGGGCCCGGCGCGCGUGGGCGACGGCGACGUCGAGGGCGGCGCGGGCCCGAGUGGCCCGAGUGGCCCGUCGCGUGACGGGGCGACCUUGCUUUUGUCCACCUUGAGCCCAGACGGCUCGCUGGGAGCGCAACUGGUGGUGGAUGGAAAGCCGCGUCUCCAAUUGGUGGAUCCCAUUGUGGGACGAGUGCUGUACACCUGUGAGGACUUGCUGGUGGGCUCUGAACUCUCCCAGUCGCUGCAGUUCUUGGACUAUCGUUUGCUUCUGUCUGGGCCUGCAGGGGUCACGUGCUUCGACUUGAAGAGCAAAGCGGUGCAACACAUGCCGAUGCCCAUGCCGAUGCCCUAUGGUGCUUGCGGCUUCAUGGUCCUGGUGCCGUGUGGCACGGUGUCCGGUGACACCUGCCUGCCGGGCACCGUGGGGGACACCCCGGCGGACACCGCGGGGGGCGCCGCGGUGGACACCGCGGUCGCGCCGGUCACGCGAGCUCGGCGGCGUGGGACCAAAGGUGGCUGA